AUGGACGUUCCCGUUUCUGAACCUCGUGUUCAUCGUGAGCUUGGUGCUCACAAUGGGAGCGAUACAAAGGACAUCCGUUCGGAAUCCAUCUCACACUCUAGCACGUCGUGCACAAGCUUUCAGGUCCUAGCUGAUGGCACAAGACUCCCUUCCCAGUCUCAUUCAGCGUAUAGUGGUACUGAUUUUAUUCGGAGGCCCCUCACAUUGAAGAAACCCCAUGAUCUCAGAUAUCCCCGCGCCGCGGUUACUACACCUGGUGAUACACAUAGUCCGGCUUCUAUUACGGUGGCGUGGCCCAGUCCAAAUGCUUUGGCAGAGCGUAGUCUCACUUGGACGUCAGUCAAAGGAAUGCAGAGCUCGGACCAACGACCGAGGUGCGUGGUUGAACUCUUUGGACAGGCGAUUUCUAACGCUCGGCGCAACGUAGACAUGGACAUCAAAGGUAUAUGUACUUCCUAUAGGACAGCCACUCAAGCCCCCAGGUCCAUUCGAGAACCAAGUGGAGUGGAGCUUCAGUUCCAAGAUGAGAUGCGAUCAACGCCGCUGCUGUUUUAG